AAUUAGAAUUAAAUACCUUAUUUUGGUCUAUAAAUAUCAAAGCCAAUCAGCUAUUUAAACAUCCAAUAUCUAUUUCUCUACUCAAGGAAACACAAUCAACAUGGUUAAAGAAAAUGGAGUGAACGCCGAGGCGACGAGGUUCGAGUUCAAUGUGAAGCAUAUAGGAGAACCAACGAUGGUUCAACCAGAAAAGGAGACACCAAAAGGGCUAUACUUUUUAUCAAAUUUAGAUCAAAACCUAGCAGUGAUUAUACGUACAAUUUAUUGCUUUAAGUCACAAGAGAAGGGAAAUGAGUUAGCUGCACAAGUGUUAAAAGAUGCACUUUCUAAGGUGUUGGUGCACUAUUACCCUUUGGCUGGAAGGCUAACCAUUAGCCCACAACGGAAGCUCAUCGUCAACUGUGACGGAGACACUGAUGGCGCGGUGUUUGUCGAGGCGGAGGCGGAUUGUAAUAUGGAUGAGAUUGGUGACUCUACUAAGCCUGAUCCUAUUACUCUUGGAAAGUUGGUUUAUGAAAUUCCUGGUGCUAAAAGUUUGCUUCAAACUCCUCUUCUUGUUGUUCAGGUGACAAAGUUCAAGUGUGGAGGUUUCGCAUUAGGAUUGUGCAUGAACCAUUGCAUGUUUGAUGGGAUUGGAGCUAUGGAAUUUGUCAACUCAUGGGGCGAAACUGCACGGGGUCUAGCCCUCAACACGCCCCCCUUCCUAGACCGAAUGAUCUUGAACGCACGCGAUCCACCAAAAGUCGAGUUCAAACACCAAGAAUUCGAUGAAAUCCAAGACAUAUCCGGCACCAAUGAUCUAUACGCCGAGAAAGUGCAAUACCGAUCCUUUUGCUUCGACAUGAGCCAACUCGAAAGGCUCAAGGCGAAAGCGAUGGAAGAUGGAACCCUCAAGAAAUGCACCACAUUUGAAGCACUCUCAGCAUUUGUAUGGAGGGCAAGGAGCAAAGCACUUCAAAUGAAGCCUGAUCAAAAAACAAAGCUACUCUUUGCGGUUGAUGGAAGGCCUAAAUUUAGCCCUCCUUUACCAAAAGGGUAUUUUGGGAAUGGAAUUAAGCUAACUUAUUCUAUUUGUCGUGCUGGUGAGUUAAUCGAAAACAAUCUCUCGUACGGUGUAGAGUUGGUCCAAAAUGCUAUUAAAAUGGUUACAAAUGAUUUUCUAAGGUCAAGUAUUGAUUACUUUGAAACUAAGAGGACAAGACCGUCAUUAAGCUCGACUCUUUUGAUUACAGCAUGGUCAAGAUUGUCUUUUCAUACUACUGAUUUUGGAUGGGGUGAACCUGUUUUUACUGGGCCUGUUGCAUUACCUGAAAAAGAGGUGACAUUGUUUUUGUCUCAUGGAAGUGAGAGAAAAUCCAUUAAUGUGCUCUUGGGAUUACCUGUUUCUGCCAUGAAAAGCUUUGAACAACACUUGAAAGAAAUCUAGUUAAGCGUCAUGCUUUUAUAUGUUCAUUUUACUCCAUUUGCUUUUGGCGCAGAUAACAAGAAAUUAUAUAUAUUGGGUUAAAAUAUAUUACUUAAAAAUAAGAGAAAGAAUAUUUAAGUAUUGAGAUCUUCAUGUAUAUCCAAAAAGAAUUAAUUGGGCAAAUUUAGUGUGACGGUGGAAUAUAUAUUAAUCUAAGUGGAAUUAUCAAAGAAUUAUAUUUAUAUUAUAAUGGGGUUUUUGUACGCGUAUUUGUAUAUUUUUAUACAAGUUAAUUAUGAGAUGAUAUUUGUUUGUAUGAACAUAUAGUAUAAUAUUGUUUGGAUAAAGUGAAGGUAUAUAUUUAUGGAAAGAUUUAAAUUCUUUUGGUUUU